UUUCAUCUACAAAUAGGCUAAGAACACCACCAUUCUAGACACUUCAAGAAUCAUCAAAUGGAAAAUCAGAGGACAAUUCCCACUCCAAAACAGGCCAAGUGGAAGUGCUGGAAACCUCCAAUGAUCCCUAUAUCUAAACAAUUCUCCCAUAAAACAAAAUCAAUCAGCAACUGCUUAAGCUUAAACCAAAGAAUAAAGACUGCCACUUCAAAGUUCAAACCUUUGUGUACUGCUCGGUAUAACCCUUUGUUGAACAAAGGACAUGUCACCUGCUCUAUCAUUGUCUCUUUCCCACCCUCCAAUCUUCAAGUCUCAGGACUUCUCAAAGGAUAACACCAACCUCACAAAAAGUACUCAUAGAGAAAACCCAUGUCAGAAAACACCUUUAGACAUCAAAAUCAGUAGGAGAAAGCUAAUAAAGUCAACUGCUUUGGGCCUUACUGGAGGAGGACUCUCUGUUGCUCAACCUGCAAGAGCUGUACAAGAGAGUCCAGUUGAAGCCACUUCAAGUAGAAUGUCAUACUCAAGAUUCUUGCAGUACUUAGAUGAAGGCGCUGUAAGAAAGGUAGACCUGUUUGAGAAUGGGACUGUUGCCAUUGCUGAGAUAUUCAAUCCAAUACUAAACAAAAUCCAGAGGGUCAAAAUUCAGCUACCUGGAUUGCCUCAAGAAUUUCUGAGGAAAAUGAAAGAGAAGAAUGUAGACUUUGCUGCUCAUCCAAUGCAAGUGAACUGGUGGCCUGCAAUACUAGAUUUGUUGGGGAAUCUGGCUUUUCCAUUGAUAUUGCUUGGCCUUUUGCUGCUUAGAACAUCAUCUACAAACACUCCAGGAGGCCCCAACUUGCCAUUUGGACCUGGAAGGAGCAAAGCUAAAUUUCAAAUGGAACCCAACACUGGAGUUACGUUUGAUGAUGUUGCUGGUGUUGAUGAAGCAAAGCAAGAUUUUCAAGAGAUUGUUGAGUUCUUGAAAACCCCAGAAAAGUUUACUGCAGUUGGAGCUAAAAUUCCUAAAGGAGUUCUUCUUCUUGGUCCACCUGGGACUGGAAAGACAUUGUUGGCCAAGGCAAUUGCUGGAGAAGCAGGGGUUCCUUUCUUUUCUCUAUCUGGGUCAGAGUUCAUUGAGAUGUUUGUUGGUGUAGGGGCUUCAAGAGUGAGGGACUUAUUCAACAAAGCAAAGGCUAAUUCCCCAUGCUUGGUUUUUAUUGAUGAGAUAGAUGCUGUUGGGAGGCAGAGAGGAACAGGUAUUGGUGGAGGAAAUGAUGAGAGGGAACAAACACUCAACCAGCUGCUUACUGAAAUGGAUGGUUUUAAUGGAAACACUGGAGUGAUUGUUAUUGCUGCUACCAAUCGACCAGAAAUUCUCGAUUCUGCUUUGCUUAGGCCAGGGAGGUUUGACAGACAGGUCACUGUUGGAUUACCUGAUGUGCGAGGGAGGGAAGAAAUAUUAAAGGUGCAUAGCAACAACAAGAAACUUGAUAAGGAUGUAUCUCUUAGUGUUCUCGCCAUGCGAACCCCAGGUUUCAGUGGUGCAGACCUGGCAAAUCUCAUGAAUGAGGCUGCCAUUCUUGCUGGUAGGAGAGGUAAAGAGAAGAUCACAAUGAAAGAGGUAGAUGAUUCAAUUGAUCGGAUUGUGGCAGGAAUGGAGGGAACCAAAAUGACAGAUGGGAAGAACAAAAUUCUUGUGGCUUAUCAUGAAAUUGGGCAUGCAGUGUGUGCGACUUUGACUCCAGGCCAUGAUCCAGUACAGAAAGUCACUCUAAUCCCAAGGGGCCAAGCCCGUGGUCUAACUUGGUUCAUACCUGGUGAAGACCCUGCCCUCAUCUCUAAGCAGCAACUAUUUGCUAGAAUAAUUGGAGGCCUUGGAGGUCGUGCAGCAGAGGAAGUGAUUUUUGGAGAAUCAGAAAUCACUACAGGUGCAGCUGGAGACUUGCAACAAAUCACUCAGAUAGCAAGACAGAUGGUAACAAUGUUUGGCAUGUCUGAGAUUGGGCCAUGGGCAUUGACUGAUCCAGUACUCCAAAGCAGUGAUGUAGUACUAAGGAUGUUAGCUAGAAACUCUAUGUCAGAAAAGCUUGCAGAAGAUAUUGAUUCAUCAGUACGAGAUAUAAUAGAAAGUGCAUAUGAGAUUGCAAAGAACCACAUAAGAAAUAGCCGUGAAGCUAUUGAUAAACUAGUGGAUGUUCUCUUGGAGAAGGAAACCCUCACAGGUGAUGAAUUCAGGGCAAUCCUAUCUGAAUUCACAGAUAUUUCUUCCAUUGAGAUGGAUAGAACCCCUAUCCGUGAUUUGAUAGAAGCUUAGGUUACCUCAGUGUAAUUAUACAGCCAUGGAGACACUUUAGUCUCAGUAUGUGUAGGAGGGAAGUAAAGGUCGAUAGUUUGAUAGAUACAAAAAGCUUAUAUGAUAGCUGGUGUAAGGUAACUUCAUUUAGUGUAAGCCGCAAUUUUACCCAAAUCCAUUAUAGAAAUAUGCUAGAAUUUGUGUGGAA